CGUCUUUGUCCAUUGUCUCGCUUUUGUGUCUCUCUUCCCUCUUGUUGCGUUGCUCUGCACUCCGGCACUGUGGAAUCCACGCUGAGAGCGGCCACCAGCAGAGACAGAGAGACGAGACUGGACGCCAUACACACCCAAACAGCUCUCGUCAAACCACCACUUCCUCCCACCACCGUACUCGCCGCUGCGAAUGGCCUCCCGCUGAAAGGCCCUCUCCUCUAUACUAUUUCCCCCAUUUCGAUUCGACAGCCCUUUUACCACGUACCACCUUCGUUGUUCCUUCUCCCGACCCCGUCCUCCGGUCGCUACAUCCCGCCUUGACGCUACUUCUACUCGCUUUCCUUUGUUUCGACACAGACUCAGGCGACCCUGACCCUGAUCGUCCUGCCCAGACCUUUUUUUACCGUCGCGCUUCGUGAGCGCCUCCUAAUAAUCCGCUUUGCCGGAAGAGCUACCAACACCACGCUAGACGCAAAGCCGGCGACCCAAUCCCAAUCUCCCGCUCUCGUCCAACAGCGCCGCCAGCUCCAGCUUCACUUCUUCACUGCCAUUGUUGCAGCACCACCAUCCCAUCUCGUCGUCCUUGGCCCGACACAAAUCACGAGACCUGCCUUGCUGCUGGACCUGACGACAACCUCCUCUCAGUCCACAUACACCCAGAGUCUGGAGGUUGCUGUCCCUCCAGCUCUCCGGACCACGCGAUGGCCGCCAUGUCCGCCGCGUCAGCGACGGCCAACACAAUCACGCCCCCGAGCAGCAGCCACGGAAACGGAGGUGCAUGGAACAACUACACAACAGCAGACACGGAGAACCUUCAAAACAAGAGGUCUCUCGAUAGAACCGAUCAAAACAGCCGGCCACCCCUAUCGCAAAACGGCAGCUCCGCCAACAUUUACGAAUACGGCUUCGAGCCUCUGCCUCCCCCACGGAAGAAGGCCUCCAACGACAACAUAUCUCUGACAAAAAGCACAAGAUCAUGGGACAGGACAAACCGUCGUGACCAUGACACGUCGAAAUCGGGCAACUUUGCGGACGAUGUUUUCGGGGGGAAAAUUGGGUCUGACGAGAAUCGGUCGACAAACGACAUACCCGUCUCUGACGACGACAAGUGGAUUCACCGGGACAAGCUGGCCAAGAUUGAGAGUCAAGAGCUCCAGGCUGCAGGUAUUGUCUUGCCGAGGGCGCGUGCGAGUAGCAAACCGCGCAGAGGCCGUAGUGAGGAGAAGCUUAACGGGAGCUCCAGGAGGACCACAUCCGCCCCGCCUGACGACGAAAUACCUCUGCCGAGAUCUAGGAAAAGCUCAAUUUCGCCGGAAAGCAGAGUCCCUGAAGAGACUUUGCCGGACAUGGAUUUGCCUAGCUGGGAUCUUCGGCGGCCCGAGGAAAUCGCUGUCGAAGGAGAUGACGCCUACUGGACUUCCAUUAGUGACAAGAACAAGAGCGGCUCCAAGAUUCCUGUCGCCAAGGCUAGCCCCGCCCCCAUACCCGAGUAUUACUUGGAGAGGAAUGCGCCCUCUGGACGAAGACGAAGCGGCGGCAGCGAGCUCGAGACGAUAGCCUACCCGAAACCGAGGCCGAGGAGCGGUAGCGCCAACACGCUCGGCGCGACGUCAACGUUAGCACCCGCAAAGCGCAACAACACCGACAUCUCUCCCCGGAAAGGCAGCGGCACCUCCAGCACCACCAGGAAGACCUCGACUCAGAUCAAGGCUGGUGGAAAGACUAAGACACGUGGUGGCAAGGAUUCUACGAGCAGUAUAUCUGGGAACAGACCGACAACGCGAUCUGGAGACCUGUCUCCCGGUGUCAAGAAGCCAGAGGGCGACCCGCCAUGGAUGGUCGGGUCCUACCGUCCUGACCCUCGUCUGCCGCCUGAUCAACAACUACUCCCGACGGUCGCCAAGCGUCUGCAGCAGGAGCAAUGGGAACGGGAGGGCAAAUACGGAAGCAUCUACGACAAGGAGUUCCGUCCACUCACGGCAGACGGUCUUCUCAAGCCACCGGAAGCUGGAUCAAGCACUACACCCCCCGAAGAAGAGAAGCAGGAGCAAGACGAGUGGCCGCUCAGAGGUGACGCUCCCAAAAGCCCCACGGCGCAGAGCCCCACGUCGCCGAGCAUCAAGCAGACCAACUCGUACUCGACCAUGCCCAAAAUCUCCGAUAAACCCCAGACUAGCCCGCUGCCGAGCCCUCGUGGCCCACUGAGCCCGACCAUGCAACCCCAGCAGCCCGCCGAGACCCAGACCGUCGUCCGCGUACCCGAACAACCUUCCGCUGCGGCCAACAUGUCCAUGGGCGGCGAAAAGAAGAAGAAGAGCGGAGGCUGCGGCUGCUGUCUCGUCAUGUGAGCGGUGGCUACCAUGUAACCAGCCUCACUCGACUUUGCCAUCCACCCCCGUAUAUCCCGUGCUUGCAUCACACCAACAUACCCCCUUUUCAACCGCGAGGCGAGCCUCCAACGACGUUAUGAGUCUCUUAAUUCCAUUCACAGCAUCGGCCGAUCAAUUAGAUGUAUUUAUCGAAAUAUUCCCACCAGGCAACUGCAUUGUCUUUCGGAGACAAUGCACUUGAGAGCAGCACCGCGGUCCAAGUUUUUCUUUGUUACCCUACCGAGCGUCCUCCAGCAGCUUCGCCACUCAGCGACAACCGUAUCCCCGAUCCGACGUGUGCGCGUCACCUGAUAGUUAUGGAGGUUCUGUGGAAGACGCGCCAAGUGACGGGGAUUUUGUGUUUUAGAAGCUGUACUGCGAACCAGAACGGAGAGGAGCUUGUUUAUUGAACAUCCAAACAUUCAUGGACUGUGUUCCGGCAGAGCCGUGGUUCACAUCCCAAAAAUCGAAAGGCAGUUGAGGAGGCCGGGGUGUCUUAUCCUCCCUCAAGACUUGCCCCAAUAUCAUUCCCCCCGGUUAUCAAAAAUGUAUAAUCGUUAGCGAUUGCACCCAGAAAAAUUGUCAACUUUUUUGAACAUCCAUAUAUACUUGCUCCUUGUUUUUUUCUUCUCUGCGCAAUGUGUUUUCUUCUUUCCAUGUCGCCAGGCGUUUUUCACUGUUGACUUUUCUCCAUGCCUGGCGUUUGCUUCUUCUUGGGGGAGUUUGGGCAUUCGUGUUUGUUGGUAGCUGUGUUGAGGUUGAAUAUCUUGACGGGCGAGAGAGCGGGACGAGUGAGAAGAGACGGGGGUCUUCGUGGCUGAGGGGUUUUGAUGGGGGAAAAGGCAAUGCGAGCCGUGGCUGAGAAGCUCGUGUUGCGAUGGAGGUGGU